AUGGCGAUUAAAAAAAGAACUUCAUUGCGUUCAAAAGCUAGGAAAAGAAAUGUGGCGGACAAAGUUCAGGGACAUAGUAGAAUAGCUAAAAAAGAAAGGGAAAUUAAAUCUAAAGAUGCUCUUUUACUCAAACUCAAGAUUCAAAAAGGGGCAAAAAGUUCAGCCGUUCAGCCGAAAUCAAAGAAUUUGGAUCCCCACCAACCAGGAAUAUCCAAAAGUGCGGUGAGAAGAAGAAAGAGGAAGUUAAAAGAACAGCUUACAGCAAAAUUGAGUGAUCUUAAGUCUGUUUUAGACGAGACAGUGGAGGCAGAAAAAAUACAGAAAGGCAUAAUUUCUGGAGAUAUAACUGCUGGAGAGAAAGAAGGUCUCGAGGCCGUUAGCAGGAGGAAGUUGGAUCAUAGACCAAAUCCAACCACUGUUAGGGGAUCAGCUUUAGUGGAAAAAAGCGAAAUCCGUAGAUUUAAAGCAAUUCUAAAGGAAGAGAAUUUCAAAAAGAGCCCAUUCGCAUCAUUGCGUACAUCUAUAAUGAAUAAUAUCAGCAGGUCAGAAAAUGAAGGGAAGAGAAAAAGCUACGAACUGUAA